UAUUUUGAUCUAAUCACGUUCUUUCAUUUACUAUACCAGAACUCUGCGUCAGAGGAAAGGAGUAUCGUUCAGCCGAACAAUGACAAUAAUGAAUCUAAUUCCACAGCUGUCCCUAAUGACCUCGAAAGAAGAAUUGUGAUUUUGGGAAAAACUGGAUCUGGAAAGAGCAGCCUUGCAAACACCUUGUUUGGGAAGGAUGUGUGUAAACCAAAUCAUACUCCAGAAUCUGGAACUCAACACUGUCAAGCAGAAAAAGGAACAGUCAAUGGGAAAAGCAUAAAACUCAUUGACACUCCUGGUUUUUUUGACACAGUUAGAAGUGACAAAGAGAUGAAGGAUGAAAUCUUAAAAUGUUUUAUUGAGAGUGCUCCUGGUCCUCAUGUUUUCAUAAUUGUACUCAGAGUGGAUAAAUACACACAGCAAGAGAAGGAGAUCAUAAAUAAAAUGACUGAAUAUUUCUCGGAAGACGCUCUAAAGUUCACCACAGUGCUUUUUACUUAUGGUGACCAGCUGCCCAAAGGAACAACAAUUGAGGAGUUUGUCAGUAAAAGUAAAGAUUUAGAUGAACUUGUAAAGACAUGUGGCGGCCGCUGCAACGUCAUUGAUAAUAGAUACUGGAAGACGCCUCAGGAUGGCUACAGAAACAAUGAGUUCCAGGUUAAAGAGCUUUUAAACACUGUAGACAGGAUUAUUGAGGAGAACAGUGGUCAGCCCUACACCAAAGAUAUUUUGCAGGACUUGAACACAGAUAUAGAAAAAGAGCAGGAACGCAUUAAGGCAGAAACUCCUAAUCUUUCACAAAAUGAGAUUGAAGAAAAGGCUAAAACUGUGGUCCAGGUGAACUGGGCCCAGAAAUUUUUAAAGGCCACUACAGAAGUCUUGCUAAAAUCAUUUCUGAGCGGUGGCUCCUACUACUACUGAGGACAGCGAAGCAAAUACAUCUGGGACUUAGGACAGGUGUUAUAUUAGCAGGUCCAAUCAGUAAAACCGGAUUAGUUGGAGAAAUAGGUCAGUCUGGAAAGGAAGAAAAGCUUCAGCAUAAAAAAGUAGCUGCAGUAGAAGAAGCAGUUGGAGGAGUUGGAAAUUAAAUGACCAUAAUCAUCUCCUCAUGGUGCAUGUGGUUCGAGGGCUAUUGAAACUAAAAUGUUGCUGUUUGAUUCCAAAAUAUUCUCAUUUACCUGAUUUUCUUUAUGGUAAAACUGGACAGAUUAAAGAAUGACAUGCAUGUUUUACUCUUCUUUUUAUAAUGAUUCAACAAAACCCUUUACUUGUAUCAUUUUUAUAUUCUUACUGUAGAGACAGAUCAACUAUUU